AUGUCUCCCUCGUCAAACAUUCCUGUCUUCUCCCCCAGGGACCAGGACUUUGUGGAACAGGACGCGGGUGUCAUUCAGAAGACUGGAGAAAUCAAAGACCUGCAGGAUGCAGUGCAGCAGGAAGUCAUUGAGCUGCAGGAGCAGCGGGGCGACCGCCAGGAACUGGAGGAGACCCUGGAGAAGCUGGAGCAGCACAGGGUGGAACUGGAGGAGCAACUCAAACUGACCAGGCUGGAGUGCGUCCAGGAGAGCCAGCAGAUCCUGUCCUUGCAGGCGGAGGAGGUGGCCAGGGAGACAAAGGUGGAGGAGUAUGAGCGGGAGCUGGCAAGGGCCAGGAGGAAACUCAAACAGCUGAAGAUGGAGGUCAGAAAGGCCCAGGGGAAGGUGGAGGAGGCGGGUGAGCGCACCAUUCCUCUGGAGGAGUCCAUCAGCCAAUCAUACGAGGAGAUUUUACAGGAGGAGCAGACGUUCAGUACACUGAGGAGUGAGCGGACGGGAGAUGCAACACUGCCAGACCACCAGCAAGUGGAGUCAAACGACACAUCUCCCAGCAGCCUCAGGACAGAGGAUGGAACUCUGGACGUACCCGAUGUACCAGCCAGGUCAUGGGGCAGGAGCCAAUCACUGCCUGUCUACGCUGAAAUCCUGGCAAACCUUGGGUGCGCAGCUCGCGCUAAGGACGGAUUGUCUUAUACACAAGAAGAGGAGGAGGAGGAGACACCUGUACCAAGCACACCAAAGCAGAUAGAUAAGGGAGAAGAGGAAGAGAAAGUGGAGGAGGAAGAGAAGAUUUCGCAGACACGAUCCACCAGUAGCAUAGCAGUCGAAGAUCUAGACUUCUACCACCCCGACCCCUUCAUUCACUGUGAAUCUGAACAUGACCUCUUCAAAGAUGACAACUUCUUUGCCAAGACAGAUAAAUCUGAUGAUGACCCGUUCAAAGGCACGGACCCCUUCGCUGCAGACAUCCUCUUUCCAGAGGGGACAGAGGAGCCAUAUCCAUCCACUGACCCUUUCCCAGACACCCCUGCCUGCCUGGAACCUGGAUUUAACGAGGACACAGACAACAGCCUCUCCUGCCCUGAAAACAAAGCCUCUACCGGCACCCAGUGCUUUGAGUCCGAGUUCCCCGACGAGGAUGAAUCCAGCGACAUAGAAAUCAGUUACAGCAGGGAGGAUCUGGACACUGUUCACACGGACGCUGUUGAACUCUCCUUCGUUGAGCCUAAAACCUUGAUCAUGACCGAACGCUUGGGUUUCAAGCCCAUCUACACAGCUCAAACCUGUUCUUUGGACACUGAAUUAGAUGACGCAGAUGAACCCGGCUUAGCUUUGGGACGCCAACCCUUCAGUGAAGCAUCCCGGGCCAACACCUGGGCUGCCGGGCCCAACUUAUCCACCGAAUCGGACCCUAAUGGAUAUGAGUUUAAUAUCAAUGCAGUAUCCCCACCUUCCGACAUAGAAGAGAUCGACAUCACUCUUGGAUCUAUACGGGUUGACUUUGACGUUGUGUGUGACUCUGUGGAACUCAGCUACCCUGUUGGGAUUCAGGCCUGUGACUCAGAACCUGCCGGAACAGGUGGAUGCGACCUUCCUGAACCCAGCCCUCCUGUGCCCACCCGCCCGGUCCGUCCACCUAGACGCCUCAAAGGGGGAGCGUCAGCUGUCCUUGUAGAAGAGCCAGACACUCCCAAAGCUGAACGCUGUGAUCCAGGUUCUUCCAGCCGCUCAGCUGAUUCAGAGCUGAACAGUGCUAUCGGGAUGGACCCUCUUACCAGCUCUGCUGAACACAACAGUAAAUUCAGCUUCAGCAACAACAGUCUCGAGCUGAACUAUGAACCCAGUAGUCAAACUUCGUACAACUAUGGAUUCAAACUCAGCCCUGAACACCACAGUGAAGAGAUUCUCGAUCCUUUUGGCACUGAACUCAGCGAUGAAGAGGCCGACAACCAAGCCUCAUUUGAUCCGUAUGAAUUUGAGCCUACCGCUCAACCUGAGACCCAAGACAAGUUCGACCCUUACGAGUUUGGACAAAACUCUCAUGCCACCAACCAAGACACAUUUGACCCCUUUGGUUUCAAACUCGUAAGUUUUGAGACUGACAACCAAGCUAUUGUCGACCUACACAGUGGCGAUGGUACCAACCUUAAAGACAACAAUAACAGAACCAAACGGGACCCCUUUAGCUUCGAUUUCAGUAACGCAGCAUCAAUGGACCACUAUAGUUCAGACCCCAGUAAUACUGCAACAAUGGACCUCCUUGGUCUGGAACUCAGCAGAGCCAACAGUGUUGCUGAGUCAGACUGUAACAAUCCUACAGUGUCUGACCCAUUAGGAACAGUACAAACCAUGGCAACUGGAAGCAACCUGUUAGACCUGGACCUUGUGUUUGGAAGCAGUAGUUAUGGUAACCCUGAGGUCGCCCCUGAGCUCCACCCCUGUGAGCCUAGACUGGGAAACCCUGCUGGUCCAGACAACUUUGCGUUCAGAGCGAGAGACACUGCCCACUCCGAGUCUGUAGACACCGUUUCUGACUGGAUGACUGUUAAGACCAACUCCAGGGAGUCCUUCGGCCCAGUCAACUCCCGCACACACAGCCUGGACAAAUGAACCAUUCCCUGGGAAGAAGUCACCAGUCUGGCCAUGAGUCUACUGCAGUACUGCCCAACAAUGGGGAAGUAGAUGAAGCAGGUGAAGGAAGGAAUGAGAGAAAGGAGAGAGUCGCUUUUCUCCAACCUGGCAUGAUUCACCUUGACUCCUAGUCAAGGGUUGCAACAUUGCAUUGAUUUAAAAGGGAUUGAUAUGUUCAUUGAAAAUCAUAAUUUGAUCAUUCUAAUUUAUGAGUUAUUAAUUGGUGAUGGUUGCUUUGCAGCUGUAAGGCGUUGGUUCAUUCUAUACCCUGUUAUAGGUGCAAUAUAGUAUUUAAUCUUGGUCCAGAUAUAGGUAGAGGUGAGAACAUACAUUUCCACAUCCCUAAGAACCUCAAGUUUUAAUUGCAUGAAAACGAAAGGAUUUAUUAUCCUGUUUAUCUUGAAACUCUUUAACCAUCCAUCCUUUAUCAGAAAUAUAUGAGAUGCCAAGGGAUAGGGUAAAGGGUGGAGUGAAUCAUUUGGAAUUGAGCUUUCUGCAAAUACAACCAUUACCUUUUGAUGGAGGUGAGCAAACCAGGUUGGUAGAAUGCAGGGUAUGAGCUUCUUUAUGUUCAAGCAUUAUGAGUCAACUGUAAAAUAAUAAUUGAAUAGGUUUAAAGUAAAGCCAACUGCGGCCAAUACAAAUAGUUAAAAUCAAAUCAAAUCAAAUGUUAUUGGUCACAUACACAUAUUUAGCAGAUGUUAUUGAGGGUGUAGCGAAAUGCUUGUGUUCCUAGCUCCAACAGUACAAUAGUAUCUAACAUAAAUAUAUUAAACAUAAAUGUUUAAAACCCCUUGGACCUUGCACGCCCGAUUUUCCCUCCUGGUUAGCUAUAUAAUAUUCCACCUACCAAUGUGACAUGGCGUGAGCCAUACCUUAAACAAAUGUGUGUCUAUGUAUAUAAAUGUAAAUCCAUAUGUACUUUCUCAGACGCCCUGGACCAGUGAUACAUAGAUAAAUGUAGGGAACUACAAAGUGAGUGAGUGUCUGAUCUUACACCCAUUCUUGUAACUUAGAGGCUCUAUUCAAUUAGAUCCGCUUUAGCCAACAUUCACAUAGUUGUUGUUUUGGCGGUGUCUGAGGUGGAACUGUGUUAGAGCUGUCAGAUCCACAAGCAGCUCCUGCCAUUAUACCU